GCUUCGUAGCCGCUCGCGUAAAGGCCAGGAGCCAGCGUUGGCCACAUGUGUUUUGCGGACCGCUUUUCCGUGGAAAAAGAUCGCCGAAAAUGCCGUGUUUACGUAAUCCGUGGUAACGUGACGUUGAAAACGGUGCCUCUGAACUCGCUGCAAUUGUGACAAAAUUCCACGGCCUGAACACAAAGUAAAUUGGGAAGAAAAAGAAAUUCUAAAAGAGAUCCAACUCGAACAUAAAUUACUUGUACCAACGAGGUGUAUUCUGGUUGUCUGCUAACUCUCGUUACCGUACUGUGCACGUUUCGUAUUCCCAUGCACAUUAUCGGCAACAUUUCAUCCAGGAGAAAGGUACAUCCAAUAAUCAGCGUUCAAUAAUUUUCUCGUGCCGGUUAGUUUUCGCUCGCCUCGUGAAAUCGCCGAGUCAGCGUGUUCUUAACUACGCAAUCUCGUCGCGCCUCGUGUGUUUUAAGUUCUUCGAACGUGUUCGACCAUAUCGACGAAUGCGACUCCUUUAAUCGUCAUUUUUUCCUAUUUAUCGAAUUUCGAGAGAAUUCGGACACGUGCGGAGAAGAAAGAAACAUAUUUGGAGCAUUGUUCGUUAACGACCGCGUGCGUGCACGCCGCGCCUUCUGGAAAGAGCGAUCCCUCGUGACGAGCCUCUCAAGUGGGCGUUCUCUCGCGCUUCUGAAAGAACCAACGUUCGUAAUUUAACACGUGUAUUGCGUGUACUAUUCUCUGUGAAAAAUUGUACGUGUUCGUGCGCCAUUGCACGGACUUCGGGGAGACAUGCGUCCGGUCCACGACGCGGAGGAUGUCCCUAGGUUGGUGCUUUAAAGCCGAAUCGACUCACAAACACCUCUCGAAACUUACAAUCUACUAACGAGGCUACUCGGCAGGAUUAAUGUGCUCGAGGGUGCUCGACGUGUCUUGGGACUCCUCGACUGCCUGAGAGGAAGCAUCAUCCUGUAAAAAGACUUUCGCAGUCAGAUCCCUCGUGUUCCGGGACCUCGUGUUUUUGUCUUUCGCCGCGUGCCGUUCAAGAUGGCGGCCAAGGUGGCCAGCGGCGCUCAGGGAAGUACCGAAAGAGAAGAGGGCCCCGGGGUCUCUUACGCAAGUAUUCUGAACCCUAAAAGCGGUACUGAAAAUCGGCCUUCUAAUACUAAGGAUAAUAAUAAAGAGAAUAUCAGUGGCCAGGUGGGUCAGCAGUCCAUACCUAUUAAGGAUCGCAUGGUUUCACAAAAUCUGGCCGUCAAAGGCCAGCCUUAUCAAAGAGCUGGAAGAAGAUUCAAUCCACAGGGUAAAUUAGAAAAACCUUAUGGAAAUGAAUUCUCAUCUACGGAACAAAACAAACUGAUCACGCAGAAAGGGAUUCAAGUAGAGCAUAAUAAACAGGAGAAUGUUCUCGAGAAUGAGCAAAUGAACGGCGAUGUUGGAAGCGAUGGAGAGUUUCAGACGGUAGCACCGAAGAGUGCUAGGAGGAAAGAGAAAUUACGAGACCAACACAGAGAUCACAGAGAACGACAUAGACAUAGAGAUCAUAGUCAUCCUCUUCGUGGACAUAAUGGAAGUAAUGAAAGAUCUCAUAAAGAUCAACGCGAUCGUGGAGAUAGAAUGGGUGCUGAUCAUAUUGCAGGGAAUAAAGAACUUUUGAAGGAUAGAGACGACAUAGAAUCUGAAUUGGAAGCUCGAACUCUACCACCGAUUAAAUAUGUGGAGGCUCCUCUACCCACCAUCAAUCCUUGGACCAAAAGUAAAUCCACAACGCAAGACCCACCUACGAAUACUAUAACCGCUGUACCUUCUGUAAGUUUAACGCCUGUGGAAAAACCAGUUGAAAAAGAAAAGAGACUAUUGCAACCCCAGCAGCAAGAAGUAAUUGAAAACGGUAUCAACGCCGGAAGUCAGCCGACUAUAGUCACAGCUACAAAGGAUCGAAGAAAAUUCAACCAAAAGGCGAGCGACUUCUCGGACAUCGGCGAUUGGCCAACCUUGGGCGCUCAAGGAGAGAAGAAGACAGCUGUGACGACACAGAAGCAAAACGGUGUUGUCGAAUCAAGUAACGGUAAGGAAAGCACCGGAACGAUAGAAAGCAGAGGGAAAGAAAAUAAGGAGCAGAAUCACUGCCAAGAAGACAGCGACGAGCACACGGAAAGCAGUGAAAAGAAAAAGAAAGUAAACAAACAGAAAUGGGUGCCUCUGGAAAUAGACAUUACUAAGAACAGAAGUAAAAGGGAACGAUCUCCAAAGUACUACAAUCAUAGGGAGAAAAAUGGAGAAGAAGCAGAUUCAUAUAGAGAUAGGGAGCACGAGAGGACAGGGUAUAAUACGAGAGGUGGGCGAGGUGGACGAAGUUACAGAGGGAGAGGAGGACGAGGUGGCCGAGGCGCUUAUCGGGGCACCUUUAGGCAUAGGCACGACCAAGACUACCCGAAUUUUGCAGCAGACUAUAUGCAGAUGCAUAAAUAUGGACUUCCAGCUUACAUAAUGCCUUACAUGGGAACAUUUUAUUUCAAUAAUACGAAUUACAUUAAUAGAGAUGAUGUAACGACGCUCAAGGAAUAUAUAAGAAAUCAAAUAGAAUACUACUUCAGCGAAGAGAAUCUUUUACGGGACUUUUUCCUACGCCGCAAAAUGGACGCGCAAGGAUUUUUACCUAUUACUUUAAUCGCUUCCUUCCAUCGUGUUCAAACGUUGACGACAAACGUGGGCCUUGUUAUCGAAGCGAUCAUGGAGUCUGACAAGCUAGAACUGGUGGAUGGAUUUAAGGUUAGAACAACCGUAGACCCUUUGAAGUGGCCCAUCAUAGACGCAGCUGGAAAUCCUGUCUUUUCGGAAUGGUCCAGUACGGAUCCAUCUCAAAACGAAGUAAUACUCUCCUCGUCCGAAUCCGAUUUUUUUCCCGCUGCCAGACCUCUGUCAACGAUUCCUAUUCCCCCAAUUCCACGUGUUCUUCAAUCCAACCAUGUUAUCUCUACAGUAGGAAGACUCAGUGAAUCGGAAAGCGUAUCUUCGUCGAUAGGAGAGAAUUUAAAUCCUGACGUGCCGGAGUUCAUACCGAACGAAUUGACAAGCAAGAACAACGAGUCUGUUGCAGCCGACAGCGGGAGUGAUUCCACGAAGAACGGGAAACAGUCGGACCAAGCGAAAAGCAUUCCAGCGGCAUCAUUGAGUAAUGACUCGCCUUCUCACGCAAACGAUGCUGCUCUCAAGACGGACGAUAAGUCAUCCGGGAUGGUCAAGAGUUCUAGUCCAAGCCGAGCGCCGGGAGUAAAAGUCAACGGUGAAUUACAGACGCCGAGCGAUGACGUAUGGAAAGAGGUAAGGCGAAGGGUGAAACCGUCACAUAAGGAGAGAAACGAAGAGAAAGAGAAAGUUGAUAAUAUUAAAAGCGAAGAAAGGGAAGAGUUAGACUUUCAAUUUGACGAGGAACUCGAUACACCACCACCGACCGGCCGGCAUAAUGCGUUUUCCGAAUGGUCUGAGGACGACGAGGAUUAUGAAUUGUCGGAUAGGGAUCUAAAUAAACUUUUAAUCUUCACGCAAACAACGGUGCCUAUAUCAACGCGGAUCCCGAAACACGAGGGUCAUGAUCGAACGGGCGAUUGGACGACGAGAGUGAAAAUGACUCAGGAUCUUGAACAGGCCAUUAACGAUGGCUUGUACUACUAUGAGGAAGAUUUAUGGACGAAAGAUGGUCAAAGGUAUGGUUCCUCUUCGUCGAUUGGAAGUUACAAGACCGUGAAUGUGAUUAGUCAAGAAGACUUCGAGAAAAUGGCGCCCAAAGCACCUAAGAAGACUAACCCCGAAGUUCCUCCACCACCUCCGUUAGCGAUAGACGAUAUUGAGGUGUCACAGUCGCUUCCAACACAGGCGUCAAUAAUGAUAGAUAUUCAAGAGAAGAAGGAUCGUCGAGCGGAUAAGAACCGCAGAAUCGACAAGUCCAGAAUCAGCAGGAGCGGUAGAAGCGGAGUAGUUCCACGUUUCUUUGCUGUUGUUAAAGAUGAACCUUCGGUCGAUCCUAGGACACCACGUAAGAGGAAAACGCGACAUAGCAACAAUCCACCUGUUGAACAUCAUGUAGGUUGGAUCAUGGAUGUCCGAGAACAUCGGCCGCGCACAUAUUCUACAGGAAGCAGCGCGGGAACAAGUCCUAGCGAGGGUUAUCUUGCGAGUAGCUAUGGAAGUGUACCGCAAUCUCUUCCCACUUUCCAACAUCCGAGUCACGCCCUUUUGAAAGAGAAUGGUUUCACUCAACAAGUGUAUCAUAAAUAUCACUCGCGUUGCUUAAAAGAACGCAAGAGACUCGGAAUUGGUCAGUCUCAAGAAAUGAACACACUCUUCCGUUUUUGGUCGUUCUUCUUGAGAGAGAAUUUCAAUCGUACCAUGUACGAGGAAUUUAGAACCAUAGCCAAAGAAGAUGCCUUGGAAGGUUACCGAUAUGGUUUGGAAUGCCUUUUCCGAUUCUACAGUUAUGGAUUAGAGAAGAGGUUCAGACAUCACCUUUACAAAGACUUCCAAGUUGAAACGAUACAAGAUUACGAAAGCGGUCAAUUGUAUGGUCUUGAAAAAUUCUGGGCGUUCCUAAAGUAUUACAAACAGUCCAGUCAACUACAAGUGGAUCCCAAAUUGCAAGAGUAUUUAUCUAACUUCAAGAGCAUUGAAGACUUCAGAGUUGUUGAGCCUCAAAUAAACGAAAUGCUUCAAGAAUUUGCCGCGAAUUCACGAUCUCAGGCAGCAAAGAGGCGUAACAGGAGUGUAUCGGAGAGCGCCGGCGGCGGUGAUGCGUCGCCGACGAAUCGAGUUCGCCGAUUAUCUGGUGGAUCCAGCACAGUAACACUGCCAACCUCGAGUUCCGAGAAUAAUCCCGCCGCGCAAAAGUCCCGUACGGACUCGGUGAAUCUUUCGCAGUUCCGUAACAGAGCCGGUUCGUUCGGCUCAGGACGAUUGGGCCAUUCCAGGAGACGAAACGAGGGAUCCUCGGGUUUGUCGAGCAGUCAGAGAGAUCUCAGCAAACAACAGCCACGUAGCAGACAGAAUUCCAGUUCUUUCACGAGGCCCCAGGAGGUGAGCAAAUUCCAGAACACUGCCAGGGAUCGGCAGUCCGGCACCGGCAAGUCCGAGCAAAGCAAGUCGGUCACAAUUAAAACAGAGAACGCAUCUAACGCUCAGAAGUGAUCGUCUCGAAACGGGAAGGGUAAGUGCACUUAGUGGCACUUGCUGGAUUGUUAACACGGAUAAGUGCGUCGCUCUCCUUGGGAUAGGAUACUCGUUCUAGCAAAGAGAACGUCCCAUUUCAAAUCACAAAAGAAUCACACGCAGAAGUACAAGGUGUACCAGGUGUAAUAGAAUGAGCACAAAACUGUCUCAAUCUUUGUAUAUAGAAACGAAUGUUAGACUCGAUGCUGAAAAACGUUAGGAAUGAUAAAAAGCGAUAUACUAUUAAGUGAUGGUAGACGAGAAAUAUAUUCUACCGUCACAGAAAAAAAGUUCAUGGAUCUAUUCUUAUGAUAGUCCGUUAAGGUUGUAUUUACCGGCAUAUAUGGCUAUGCUCUUGCUUAUCGGGAUUACGUACUGAACUCGAAUUAUAUUAUGCUCAGUUGGUCCUCGGUUAUGAUGCUGACUAAAUCCGUAUAGCGGAAAAUAGAAAGGUGAUCUAGAAAGGUUAUUGUGAACCAGCGAAUCAGAUAAUUCAGGCACGAUACCGUGUAAAGUGUUUGAUACUGUUAAUGAAUUAAUGCGCUCGCUUAACGCGUUGCUCUAGUAAAUGAUUUCCCGCGAGUAGAAUGAAAGUUGGUAAUACUCUUAAUUCGCAACGGCAUUGCCACCUAGUUAUCUAUGGAAUUCUGUUCAUUGAUUUGUGAAAAGAAUCGAACAAAAUUUUUCUUGACUAUUUGUCACGGUCCUUUUUGUCAGCAACCAAUACGCCGCCGCAUUAUACUUUUUGAAAAUGAAAUUGGCCAUUCCCCUGACCCCAGUGAUUGGAACUUUACUAACUUUUAAGCGUCCCAGGUCGUCAAUGUUACUAGAUAUUCGGGAAACUUUGAAUCGCGUAUAUAUUCUCUUCUUAUUUCAUUAGCAACGAAGAAGAAAGUGACUUCACUUAAAAUUAUUAUUAACGAGAAAGGAGGAAAAGAGGGAGUAUCACGAAAUACUUGAGAAAAACUUGAUCUUUGUCAUGAAACAUGUAAGUUGUCGAGAUUUAAACGUUGGGACAACAAGAGAACAUUAUUACGGAAUGUACAAAUAUUUUUAUAGCGUCAGUUGCGCCAAGUUCCUUUCAUUAAAUUUGGAAAACAAGGUAUAUGCUUUAUCAUUCGAGUACCAACACACACGUUGUGCGCGGUCUAAUUGUACGCUCUCAAAAUGAUGAAAGGAAGGGAUGCUGGCCGUUUUAUCGAUAAGACAAAUGUUCUGAUAUUAGAACAGGUUUUGCGGAGCGUUAACGCACGUUAUUGCUGGGGCUUUCGUUUCGAUCCUUUCCCUUUCGAUUGAAUUCCGAGAUUUAAUCUCUGACUUGACGCUCCGUACACGAAAGGAUGAAAAAAUAAAAUAAUUUCUAUCGCUUUAUAAUGAAUAA